AUGUCUAUUAAAAUUAAAGAUGUAGAUAAUAAUUUGCCAUUGCCAGUUGAAAAACUUCCAAAAUGUUGGAAUGAAGAAGAAAGAAUGAAUGCUUUAUUUUCUCCUUUUCGGAGUAAAGCAGCCAAUCCACAAGAUUGGGUGUCAAAAUAUAAAUUUUGGCAAAAUCUAAUAUAUGAAUGGUUAAAAUAUACUAAGAAAAGCAGUUUUUCUAUUAUAGACUUAAGUGAUACCUUUAAAAGAAAUGGUUGCACACCACUUUGUUUAGUAACUGUUGUUGAAGAGCUUUUACGGAAUAAUGAAAUAAUUUCAGAGGCAGAAUUUUUAAAAGAACCUUAUGAAUCAUGGACAGCAUGGUCAAUUGAUAUAUUUGUAAAAAGGCCACUCACAUGGUCAUAUUCAAAAGUUAAAAGUUAUGUUAUAAACAAUGAAAUUAAUAAGAACACUAGGUAUAUACAUUUACAAGUUCUUAGAGAAUUUGGAAAUACUAUAUUUUCUAUUUUAGAAGAAAAAAAGGAAAAUAUUCUUAUGCCAUACUGUGAGCUACUAAAAACUUGUAAAUCUCAAAUAGAUACAAAUAUGUCAGAUAAGACUAUAAUGUUGGCUUUAAUAUGGUUAAAACGCGAAAAAAAAGUGGUUUUUAGAAAAAGUGAAAAUGAAAAUGAGUUAUUAAUUAAAAUUGCUCUACAUUUAUCAGAUAGUGUAACAGAUAUUGAGGAAGGCAUAUAUAAGUUAAUGAAACAGGAAAAUGAACUUAUAAAAGAAAUAGAACUUAUGGAAGAAGAAAAAAUUAAUAUUAUUAAUGAAACUAAAUUAUAUUUAACUAAAGGAUUACGACAGGUAGCAAAAACACAUUUGAGGAAAAAGAUACAAUUAGAAAAUACAAUUGCAAAACGAGCACACACCCUUGAAAAUAUCCAAAGUCUCAUAUCAAGCAUUCAAAAUACUCACAUGAAUACUACUGUACUAUCAGCAUACAAAACUGGGUCUGAUGUACUAAAAAAACUUAACGAAAGUGGUUUAUCAGAAUCGAAUGUUAGAGAUAUUGUAGAUGAACUCUCAGAGGCUUUAGAAGAACAGAAAGAAGUACAAUCUCUUUUGUCAGAAUCUUUUAAAAGUGAUGACUUAAAUAUUGAUUUAGAGCAAGAAUUAGAAGAAUUAGUAAAGCUUGAUGAUAAUGUUUUACCCUCUGUACCAAAUACAAAACUAAGUUCUAAUAUUGAUGAACUUCAUAAAAACUUUAAAAAUUUACACAUUGGAGGCAUUGCUGUAUCUAAUAAUUCAUCUGAAUCACAAAACAGUAUUCACAAAAAAAAGAAGCUAAUGAAACAUGCUGAAUGUGUAUAA